GGGGGGGGGGGGAGACUCCAGUCGAACGGCAGUUCCUCAUCUGUUUACUCCAGACUUUUUCGACGAUAGGAGCGUUUCCAUCCAGCGUGGCAACAAUGGCGUAUGUCGUGCGUGUGGCGACGGGAACUCAAGGCAAGUCGGGGACUGAUAACUCCAUCGCCGUAACACUGGUGGGCACUGAGGGCUGCAGCCAGAAGACUCAGCUGGACAAACUUUGGCACAAUGACUUUGAGCAGGGAUCGGUGGAGUUCUACCCAGUGGAGGUGCAGAAGAACCUGGGUGAGAUUGUCUUAAUAAAGCUGGAGAAGCAAAAAUACCUGGUACAGGACGACUGGUACUGCAGGUACGUUUCGGUCGAGACUCCCAGCGGAGACAUCGUGGUCUUCCCGUGCUACCGUUGGCUGGUGGAUGACAAAGAAGUGGUGCUGCGGGAUGGCCGAGCUCGCCUGCCUCAGGAUGAUAAGACGAGUCUGGUCAAGCAGCACAGGAAAACCGAACUGGAAAUGCGUCAAAAAAAUUACAGAUGGAAGGAGUGGCAACCCGGCUUUCCCAUGAGCAUAGAUGCUAACAGACACCAUGACUUGCCUCGGGACAUCCAGUUUGACAGUGAGAAGGGAGUUGAUUUCAAACUAAACUUCAACAAAGCAAUCCAGAACCUGCUUUUGAACCGCUUCAUGAACAUGUUCCAGUCAUCCUGGGACAGCAUUGACCAUUUUAAGAAGAUCUUUUUCAGCAUUCGAAAUGCACCCUCAGAGUACGUGAUGCAACACUGGAAAGAGGAUUUCGUGUUCAGCUACCAGUUCUUAAACGGCUGCAAUCCUGUCCUUAUCAAAAAGAUCUCCAAACUUCCCGACAAGUUUCCUGUGACCAAUGAAAUGGUCACUGUCAGUCUGGAGAGACACUUGACUCUUGAACAGGAAGUAAAGGCAGGUAACAUCUACAUGGUGGACUAUGAAGUGUUGGAUGGCAUCAAAGCAAACGAUACAGACCCGAAGACCCCGCAGUAUAUGGCUGCUCCCAUUUGUCUUCUGUACAAGAACACACAGAACGACAUCCUGCCGAUAGCCAUACAGUUGGGUCAGACUCCCGGCGAGGACAACCCCAUCUUCCUGCCUACGGACAGUCAGCAUGACUGGCUCCUGGCAAAAAUCUGGGUCCGCUCGGCCGACUUCCAGCACCAUCAGACGGCCACGCACCUGCUCAGGACACAUUUGAUCUCAGAGAUGUUUGCUAUCGCCAUGUUCAGACAGCUUCCCGCCGUCCACCCCAUCUAUAAGCUGCUCAUUCCACACGUGCGUUUCACCAUCGCUAUCAACACCAAGGCCAGAGAAGAACUCAUCUGUGAACGUGGUCUCUUUGAUAAGGCAAAUGCUACAGGUGGAGGUGGUCAUGUGCAACUGAUUCAAAAGACCAUGAAGACCCUAACCUUCAGGUCCCUCUGCUUCCCUGAUAUGAUCAAAGCUCGCGGCAUGGAGGAGGUGCCGAACUACUUCUACAGAGACGACGGGCACAAGGUGUGGGAGGCCACCAAGAGCUUUGUGUCAGAUGUGGUUAGCAUUUACUACAGCAGCGAUGAGAAAGUGCAGGGAGACGACGAAAUCCAGGCCUUCGUUAAAGAUGUGUGCGACAACGGUAUGAAAGACUUCCAUCACUGCGGUGGGUAUACCCUGACGUACAUCUUGGACCGCAGAAGUUACUUUGGUGACAAACAAUCUUUCGGUGCAGGGUUCCCCAGAUCACUUGAAUCCCGUGAGGAACUGAUCGAAUACCUGACCAUCAUCGUGUUCACUGCUUCAGCCCAACACGCGGCCGUCAACUUUGGACAGUACGACUGGUAUUCCUGGAUUCCAAACACUCCGUCUACCAUGCGGCAGCCACCGCCUGAUCGGAAGGGUUUGGCAAGCAUAACCCUGAUCAUGGACAGUCUCCCGGAUCGUGGACGUUCCAGCUGGCACUUGGGGGCCGUCUGGGCGCUCAGUCAGUACCAGGACAACGAGCUCUACUUGGGAAUGUACCCCGAAGAGCACUUCCUGGAAAAGCCGGUGAACGCUCCCAUGGAGAUGUUCAGGAAGAGCCUGGCAGAGAUAAGCAGCGCUAUCAAGACGAGGAACCAGGAACUGAAAAUUCCCUACGACUACAUGUCCCCUGACAGGAUACCAAACAGUGUGGCUGUUUAAAUUCUCCAAAGUUCAAACAAUUUUUCUAUAUAUGAAAUUAAGAAACUGUAGUAACCAAAUGACCUUCGAAUAAAACCAUCUAAAAUA